UCUGUAUCGAUCCUAUCACAGACUUGUGCAAAUUUCCAAGUGAUACAUCCUUAAAAGCCAAUUACACGCAUUUUGUUAAGGGGGCUCUGACUUUUCCGGGUAGCUAAGUAAUGCAGAGGCUGGCCGGCAGCCAAGCCGGCUGCUUAGGCCACUGUAAUGUACAAUUAGGCAAGAAGUUGGUACCGCAGCGGCCAGCUCUAGCAAGGCCCUCCCAUGGCUCGCGGCGAGGAAGCGUUGUGGUUCAGGCGCGUAAACUAGCGCACUUGCGGAAGAAAAUGUGGAAGGAGGCGGGGCCGCCACCCGACCUAGCUACACGCUUAUUCUCCGAGCGCAUCAUGUAUCUGGGCCUGCCUAUAGAUUCUUCUGUCGCGGAGCUGCUCACAGCCCAGCUUUUCGUACUCGUACAAGAGGCGCCGGACCCGAUCUUCUUUUACAUCAACUCAACAGGCAUCGCGAAAUCCACCACCAAGUUUGGUAACGAGCACGAAGCCAUCGCGGUGUACCACAUGAUGAAGGGCGUGCAGAAGUUCUGCCCCAUCUACACGCUGUGCGUGGGCAAUGCCUUCGGAGAGGCGGCGCUGCUGCUGAGCGCGGGCUCGCCGGGCAAGCGCGCCUCGCUGCGCUCCUCCACCAUCAUGCUGCGCCAGCCGCUGCAGCGGCUGAACGGCAUGCAGGCCUCAGACAUCGACAUCUACCGCAAGAUUACUCGCGAGAAGACGCAGACCAUGGCCAAGUACCUGGCCGCCUGCACCAAGAAGACGGAGGAGCAGAUCACCGCCGACUUUGCGCGGCCGCGCUACUUCAACCCCUACGAGGCGGUGUCGUACGGGCUGAUCGACACGGUGCUGGAGCCCAAGGAGGAGCGGCAGGUGUUCAAGGACUGGCACAAGAUGGGCAGCGAGAUCGCGGAGCUGGGGCUGUGGGAGGACGAGGAGCAGCCGCUGCCCACAAACAUCAUGUACCCGGGCACUUCCCAAUAUUGGCGCUCCGAUUUUGACGGCUGAGGGCGGGCUGAGACUGAGGGUGCGACCGGGGCAGGGCAGCAGCGUGAGGUGCGUCUUCACGUCUUCAGACACGGGCAGAGAGUUACAGAGAGCUGGUACCACAAUAGUGGGCGGAGGUAGGAAUUGGGACACAGGCUAGCGGGCUGUGACCCUGUGAGCCCCCCGCGCAGCGCGUCUGGGUGUUCAUGGACCCGUGAGGCCACCGUCGCGCUCCGGAUCGGGGAGGGGAAUGACGGGAAUGAGGGGGAACAAGAGGUUGCUAUGUGGGGAUAGGGUAUGUAGCAGGUUGUAUGCCGGUACUGGAGGAGUUAGCCUGGAGGAGUUGAGCUGUUGUCGCCGUUCCUGCUGGCACAGCCUGCUGUGGGUGUUGAUGCUAUGGGUAUGCAGCGCAUGGUUCCGGUCGCUGCCUCCUGUGGCUGUGGUUAGGCAUGUGAGCGGCGGCGCGUGCCCUAGCUCGCCUAGCAGCGCUGUGCGAGGAGGCUUAGACACUGUGGAGUGGAGCGGUGUGGUGUGGGGGAGACCUCCCAUGUCCUGCCAAGAGCGGCCGCGUUGCUGCUUUGGGGAAGAGCGCAAAGCCGACGUACAUGUUGGCUACCGUGUGUAGUGCUGUAUGAGGGGAAGUAUUAGCAAACCCCGUGGGCUCAAGGCACACUUCCCGCUCAGAGUUCUGGGAUGCAUAUUUGACACAGAUGUAUCAUUCGUUAGUCUUGCGGGUGGCACGCAAGGUGAACAGUAGGGCGGGACCCCUACAGAGCCCUAGGGAGCCCACGGUGCUUCACAUGGCGGUGGGUGAAGUGUUGCCAGCUUGUCUGCCGGCCGCAUGCCGCUGUGCUGCUGCUGCCGCCGCUGUUUGCUGCUGCUGCCGCUGAGCACGGAACAACCAGGCGCGAAGCAUGUCCCGAGUUGCUACCCAGAAAUGGCAGAGCUUUAGACCUUUACCUGGUUGCACGGUUAAGGCGCUGCGGAGUAGGGUUGCACCUUCCGUGUAUAAGGGAUGAAGAGUGCAGAAAUCAUGGCAUUUCGCGUUCGCACUAACGCACAUGAGUUAUAGGGAUGGGG